AUGAGGCUUCUCUUCUGGUUCCUUCUGGCCGUGGUCUUGAGCAUGGAGCUAGCUAUAACAGAGGGCCUGUGGUGCCACCUGUGCAAGGACUUUGGAGGCUGUUCCGGCAAGUACAGAUGCCCAGGGAAUUCCACCCACUGUGUCAUCAUUGCCACCCGAUCUCCCAUCAGCUUUACAGACCUGCCUCUGGUGACGAAGAUGUGCUACAAUGGCUGCCCUGAGGUCCGCAGCUUGGGCUUAGGUCCUCAUGUAUCUAUUGUUUGCUGCCAGUCCAAUCUCUGCAACAGAGACUGA